CCCUGGAACAGCCGCGCCGAACGCCAUUGGCUUCUCCCUUGUCCCCGCGCCGCCGCCGCCGCCCACCUUCGCCUCACCUCCUCCUUCUCCGCCCGCUGCCUCCGGAGCUGGGGGGGAAACGCAAAACCCCACUGCAAUGGAGCCCGCCGCCGCGGCUACGGCGCAGCGACUCCCCGAGACCGGCAGGGGGGACAGAGCUCCGGCUCCGGCGGCGGCCGCAGCAGCAGCGGCGGCGGCAGCGGCGGCGGCGGCGGCGGCGGCGGCAGCAGCAGCAGCCGCGGCGGCUCUGGCGGCGGCGGCCGGGGGCGGCCGGAGCCCGGAGCCGGUGCUGACCCCGGCGGUCCCGGGCGGCGGGAACGGCGGCGGCGGCGGGGCGCGGGCAGAGUCCCCCGCCGAGGCGCCGCCGGGGUCGCUGCAGGGCAGAGCGGGAGGCACCGGUCGCAGGAGGAGGUGCGGGGCGCCCCAGCCCCCCGCCCGCGGGGCUGCCCCUGUGCCCGGGGCCGGCAGCGGCGCCAACUCCCUGCUGCUGAGGAAAGGGCGGCUCAAGAGGAAUCUGUCCGCGGCCGCCACCACCGCCUCGUCGUCCUCGUCGUCGUCCUCGGCCGCUGCAGCCGCGCACUCCCCUGGCGCCGCCGGCCUCGCCGCCUCCUGCUCGGCCUCGGCGUCGCUGUGCACCCGGAGCCUGGACAGGAAGACGCUGCUCCUGAAGCAUCGGCAGAUGAUGCAGCUGCAGCCGUCGGACCGGGACUGGGUGAGGCAGCAGCUCCAGCGCGGUUGCGUGCACGUCUUCGACCGCCACUCGGCCUCCACCUACCUGCGCCCGGUGCUCUGCACGCUGGACACCACGGCCGGCGAGGUGGCCGCCCGCCUGCUCCAGCUGGGCCACAAGGGCGGUGGCGGCAUGGUCAAGGUGCUGGGCAGGGGGGCCGGCCCUGCCGCCGCCCCUGGCCCCGACGCCGGGUCCCGGCCGGUGCGGACUGAGCCGCGGGACUGGGCGCCGCCGCCCGGGGGGAGCGGGCUGGGCGCCGUCGGGGGCCGGCCGCGCUCGCCGCCCGCGGACCUGCAGCUGCCCGGAGGUCAGGGCGGGUGGGUGGGCUGCGCUGCACGCGCUAGCCCCGUGCCCUCCGACUCCAGUCCCGGCCACCCGGUCGUGGGGGGCCCAGCCUCCCCUCCCAGCGCCCGGCAGCCACUGGACGGCGCGGCCGCGGGCCCGGCCUCGGACACCGAGAGCUUCAGCCUGAGCCCCAGCGCUGAGAGCGUGUCUGACCGGCUGGACCCCUACAGCAGCGGCGGCGGCAGCGGCAGCGGCAGCUCGUCGUCGUCGUCGUCGUCGUCGGAGCUCGAGACGGACCCAUCCCCGGCCCCGACGGGGGCUUCGGACCAGCCCCGCUUCCCCUGCCGCUCCCCGGAGCGGCGCGGCGACCUCCGCGCCCUGCAGCCAUCUCCGACGGCCUCCCCGCCUGCGUCGCGGCCGAAAGCCCCGAGGGGCGUCGACGGCCCGGGCGGGGCCGCCCCUGAUGGGCCGCGGGAGGACAGGGCGGCCGCCGCCGCAGCCACUGGCAGCACCCAGUCGGCCCCCGGUGGGAGCGCGGCGACCGCGGAGAAGACGCCCCCACCGCCCACCCUGUACGUGCAGCUCCACGGAGAGACCACUCGGCGCCUGGAGGCGGACGAGAAGCCAUUGCAGAUCCAAAACGACUACCUCUUCCAACUGGGAUUUGGGGAGCUGUGGAGGGUGCAGGAGGAAGGCAUGGACUCGGAGAUUGGCAGCCUCAUCCGCUUCUAUGCAGGAAAACCUCAUAGCAUUGGUAGCUCUGAACGGAUUCAACUCUCAGGAAUGUAUAAUGUCCGUAAAGGUAAAAUGCAGUUGCCAGUGAACCGAUGGACAAGACGCCAAGUCAUCCUGUGUGGGACCUGCCUAAUAGUGUCAUCUGUGAAAGACAGCUUGACUGGAAAGAUGCAUGUUCUGCCACUAAUUGGUGGAAAAGUAGAAGAAGUGAAAAAGCACCAGCACUGUUUAGCAUUUAGCUCCUCUGGGCCCCAAAGCCAGACUUACUACAUUUGUUUUGAUACUUUCACAGAGUAUUUACGGUGGCUUCGACAAGUAUCCAAGGUUGCAUCACAGCGUAUUAGCUCAGUGGAUCUCUCCUGCUGUAGCCUGGAGCACCUGCCUGCCAACCUCUUCUACAGCCAAGACCUCACUCAUCUCAAUUUAAAACAGAACUUCUUAAGGCGAAACUCCAGCCUACCAGCUGCCAGAGGGCUCAGUGAACUGCAAAGGUUCACCAAGUUGAAGAGCCUUAAUCUUUCCAAUAAUCAUUUAGGGGACUUCCCGUUAGCAGUUUGCAAUAUCCCAACGCUGACGGAGCUGAACGUGUCCUGCAACGCCCUGAGAGCAGUUCCAGCAGCAGUCGGAGUGAUGUACAACUUACAGACAUUUUUAUUGGAUGGAAACUUUCUCCAGUCCCUUCCUGCUGAGUUGGAAAACAUGCACCAGCUUAGUUAUCUUGGUCUUUCUUUCAAUGAAUUCACUGACAUUCCAGAGGUAUUGGAGAAAUUGACUGCUAUGGAUAAACUUUGUAUGUCUGGAAACUGUCUGGAGACCCUCAGGCUACAAGCAUUGAGAAAAAUGCCUCAUAUUAAACAUGUGGAUCUAAGAUUGAAUAUAAUUAGGAAGCUAAUAGCAGAUGAAGUAGAUUUUCUCCAGCACAUCACUCAGCUUGAUCUGCGCGACAAUAAACUUGGUGACCUAGAUGCUAUGAUUUUCAACAACCUUGAAGUUUUACACUGUGAAAGGAAUCAACUGGUCUCGUUAAAUAUCUGUGGCUACUUCCUAAAGGCGCUUUAUGCCUCCUUUAAUGAACUUGUUCAACUUGAUGUUUACCCAGUUCCAAAUUAUCUAUCCUAUAUGGAUAUUUCAAGGAACCGCUUGGAAAAUGUGCCUGAGUGGGUAUGUGAAAGCCGAAAGCUAGAAGUUUUGGAUAUUGGCCAUAAUCAAAUAUGUGAGCUUCCUGCACACUUGUUUUGUAAUAGUAGUCUCCGGAAACUACUGGCAGGACACAACCAGCUAACAAGGCUUCCUGAAAGGCUAGAAAGAACAUCAGUGGAGGUCUUGGAUGUGCAACACAACCAGCUCCUUGAACUCCCUUCAAACCUUCUGAUGAAGGCUGAUAGCCUGAGAUUCCUGAAUGCAUCUGCGAACAAACUAGAAACCCUUCCUCCAGCCACACUUUCUGAAGAGACGAACAGCAACUUACAAGAGUUGUAUUUGACAAAUAACAACCUCACAGAUAAAUGUGUGCCCUUGUUAACAGGACAUCCCCACCUGAAGAUUCUUCACAUGGCCUAUAACCGACUUCAGAGUUUUCCAGCAAGUAAAAUGGCAAAGCUGGAAGAACUCGAAGAAAUUGAUAUCAGUGGGAAUAAACUGAAAGCCAUCCCAACAACUGUCAUGAACUGCAGGCGCAUGCACACCGUGAUUGCUCACUCCAAUUGCAUCGAAGUCUUUCCUGAAGUUAUGCAGCUCCCAGAAAUCAAAUGCGUGGAUCUCAGCUGUAAUGAGCUAAGUGACGUCACUUUACCAGAAAACCUGCCUCCCAGGCUGCAGGAGUUGGACCUGACUGGAAACCCCCGCCUUGCCCUAGAUCACAAAACCCUGGAACUGCUGAACAAUAUCCGCUGUUUCAAGAUUGAUCAGCCGUCAGCAGGAGACGCGUCAGGAGCCCCGGCUGUGUGGAGUCACGGUUACACGGAAGCUUCAGGGGUGAAAAACAAGUUGUGUGUUGCCGCCCUGUCCGUGAACAACUUCUGUGACAACCGUGAGGCCUUAUAUGGCGUGUUUGAUGGAGACCGUAAUGUCGAAGUGCCCUACCUUCUCCAGUGUACGAUGAGUGACAUUCUGGCUGAAGAGCUGCAGAAAACAAAAAAUGAAGAGGAAUACAUGGUCAAUACCUUCAUCGUUAUGCAAAGAAAACUCGGAACUGCUGGGCAGAAACUUGGAGGUGCUGCUGUCCUGUGUCACAUCAAGCAUGACCCCGUGGAUCCAGGAGGAGCCUUCACCUUGACCACUGCCAAUGUGGGCAAGUGCCAAACUGUUCUCUGUCGAAAUGGGAAGCCGCUGCCCCUGUCCAGAUCUUAUGUCAUGAGCUGUGAAGAAGAGCUGAAGAGAAUUAAACAGCACAAGGCCAUUAUCACUGAGGAUGGCAAGGUGAAUGGAGUGACCGAGUCCACACGCAUCCUGGGCUACACCUUCCUCCACCCCAGCGUGGUGCCUCGCCCCCACGUGCAGUCCGUGACCCUGAGCCCACAGGAUGAGUUCUUCAUCCUGGGCAGCAAGGGCUUGUGGGAGAGCCUGUCCGUCGAGGAAGCCGUGGAGGCUGUGCGCAACGUGCCUGACUCCCUGGCUGCCACAAAAAAGCUCUGUACCCUGGCCCAGAGCUACGGCUGCCACGACAGCAUCAGUGCGGUGGUGGUACAGCUCAACGUCCCCGAGGACAGCUUCUGCUGCUGUGAGCUCAGUGCAGGCGGUGGCGUCCCACCUCCCAGCCCGGGCAUCUUCCCUCCCUCCGUCAACAUGGUCAUCAAGGACCGGCCCUCCGAGGGGCUGGGCGUACCAUCCUCCAGCAGCGGCAUGGCCUCCGAGAUCAGCAGUGAGAUCUCCACUUCCGAGAUGAGCAGCGAGGUGGGUUCCACAGCCUCAGAUGAGCCCCCAUCCGGAGCCCUCAAUGAGAGCAGCCCCGCUUACCCCAGCGAGCAGCGCUGCAUGCUCCACCCUGUCUGUCUGUCCAGUUCCUUCCAGCGCCAGCUGUCCAGUGCCACUUUCUCGAGCGCCUUCUCUGACAACGGCCUUGACAGUGACGACGAAGAACCGAUUGAGGGCGUCUUCACCAAUGGCAGUCGGGUGGAGGUAGAAGUGGACAUCCACUGCAGCCAGGCCAGGGAGAGGGAUAAGCAGCAGCACCUGCUCCCGUUGCCGGCCGAGGCCAGCGAUGAGGGCAUCGUCAUCAGCGCCAACGAGGAUGAGCCGGGUCUGCCCAGGAAGGCGGACUUUUCUGCGGUGGGGACCAUUGGGCGCCGGAGGGCAAAUGGCUCGGUAGCCCCCCACGAAAGGAGCCACAAUGUGAUAGAGGUAGCAACGGACGCGCCUCUCCGAAAGCCUGGAGGCUAUUUUGCUGCCCCAGCGCAGCCGGAUCCUGAUGAUCAGUUUAUCAUACCUCCGGAGCUGGAAGAGGAGGUCAAGGAAAUCAUGAAGCAUCACCAGGAGCAGCAGCAGCCGCCACCACAGCUCCAGCCGCCACCUCUGCGGCAGUACCAGCUGGAUCCGCUGCCAGACUAUUAUGACACACCACUAUGACCCGGUCUGAGUGCUAUUUACAAAUAAAUAACCAAGAAAGACUGAGUUGCAGAGUCUCCCAGGCUCACAUUAAACCAGGGGUUUGACUCCACAUCCUUCUCCCACACACCUUCCUCACCCUGUCUUUGUAGCUGAUCUGUAGGUCUCUUUUCUGUUGUUGUUAUUUUAUUUUUAAUAUUACCACUUUUCUUCUAGUGAUGCUUUACCAGUAUGAUUUAAAUUUGCUAACCUCUUCCCCUAACAUAUCAGAUGUGUAAAGACAAAGAACAGAAGUUUUAAUAUAUUACAGAGAAACAGUUAAUGUAAUAUUUUUUAAAAUGGCUUUUUGUUGUUUUGUUUUUUUGGGAGGCAGGGCAGAUUGCCAGCACUAAAUGAUUUAGUAAUAUUGUAAUUCUGUAUUUCUCUGUGGGGGGGGGGUUUGUCUUGAAAAUGAUAGACAUUUGUAGAAUAUGGAGACUAACUCCUAGGAGUUGCUUUACUCUGUCAGGUGACUUAAGUCACUGGGAUUCACUAAUUUUCUCUGAGAGAACAGUUGAUUGAGAAAUUUCUAUUGUAAAUAGCUCAGUGUUGUAUAGUGAUGCUUAAACUGUUUUGUAGUCUUGGCAUAAGGACACAGCCUAAACGACUGACUUGCCCUUUUCCUCCUCUCUGAGCCCUUCCCCCACCUCAGAACAUCGUUACGUAAUGAGGCCCAGCAGCAGAGUAUUUCUGUUCAAAUAAGGGGGGUCCUAGGCCACAGGAAUGAACCUGCACCAGGGGUCUCUGAACCUUUUUUCUUCCUUUUCCUGCCUCCUGCCUCUUGACACUUUUUAAUUGUGUUCCUUACUGCUGCCACAAUCAGCAUGACUGUAUAGAGUUCAAUUAGAUCAUUUACAUACCAAGAGUUAUAUUAAAGCAGAAUGCACAAAUGAACAUGUCAUAAUUUUUGUUACAAUAAAUAUAAAAUUUACAAGUA